AGUAGUAAUAGCAGUAGUAAUAGCAGCAGUAGUAGUAGUAGUAAUAGUAGUAAUAAUAAUAACAACAAUAACAACAACAAUAACAACAAUAAUAAAAAUAGUAAUAAUAAUAAUAGUAGUAGUAGUAAUAAUAAUAAUGAUAAUGAUGGUAGUAAUGAUGGUGAUAGUGGUAAUAGUGAUAAUACUGAUGCUGAUGCUGAUGUUGUUGCUAUUGAUGAUGAUGAUGAUGAUACUGAUGCUGAUGUUGCUAUUGAUGAUGAUGAUGAUGAUGAUAAUGAUAAUAAUAAUAAUAAUGAUAAUAAUAAUAAUAAUAUUAAUAAUAUUAAUAAUAAUAUU